UGUUUGUUUGUACUGCGGAUUACGGCACGACUUUCAACACUAACACGCCAUCUGAAUAUUCCUCAUUUCCUCCCAUCUCAUUCAUCUCCACUCUCAGUCACCGCCUCCACCUAUAUUCCUAUCGCCACUCGCGUCUCAAUCUCCGACGUAGUUUUUGUUUCCUCCCAAUCGGAAUCGGCGACGGAUUCCUCAUCGGAGUAAAGAAUAGAAGACGCGGAGAUCUAUGGCUUCUUCGGAAGAGCAGGCCUCGCUUCUCGAGCACGGUCCAUCGUCGGGUCACAAUCAGGGUGACCGUAGCGGAGAGCACACCGGAGAUGGCUCGGUGGACAUCAAGGGAAGGCCUGUUCUGAAGCAGAACACUGGGAAUUGGAAAGCAUGUCCUUUCAUAUUGGGGACUGAGUGUUGUGAACGGUUGGCCUACUACGGGAUUUCUACGAAUCUGGUAACGUAUCUUACGACGAAUAUGCAUCUGGGGAAUGUAUCGGCUGCAAGAACUGUUACUACUUGGUCCGGUACGUGCUACAUCACGCCACUCAUUGGAGCUAUUCUGGCAGAUGCAUACUGGGGGAGAUAUUGGACAAUUGCUGCUUUCUCAACAAUUUACUUCAUUGGAAUGUGCACCUUGACUCUAUCAGCAUCAGUUCCAUUUUUGAAGCCUUCCGAAUGUGUUGGUUCACUCUGUCCUCCAGCAACUCCACCGCAAUAUGCUGUAUUCUUCUUUGGUCUAUACCUGAUUGCACUCGGGACAGGUGGCAUCAAACCUUGUGUAUCGUCGUUUGGGGCUGAUCAGUUCGACGAUACUGAUCCCAGAGAGAGGGUGAACAAGGGUUCUUUCUUCAACUGGUUCUAUUUCUCGAUCAACAUCGGUGCUCUCAUUUCGAGCAGUUUGAUCGUCUACAUUCAAGAUAAUGUUGGGUGGGCUCUAGGGUUUGGUGUGCCUGCCAUAUUUAUGGGAAUUGCCAUAGCGAGUUUCUUCGCUGGCACUCCACUCUAUAGGUUCCAGAGACCAGGGGGAAGCCCUCUUACGAGAAUGUGCCAGGUCUUGGUCGCAUCUUUUCAUAAGUGGAACCUAGAGGUGCCUUCUGACUCCACCCUCUUGUACGAAACGCAAGACGCAAUCUCUAGCGUCGAAGGCAGCCGUAAGCUGGAGCAUACUGAUGAACUGAAAUGCCUUGAUAAAGCUUGCGUAGUAUCGGACGCCGAGCUGAAAAGCGCAGACUUCUCAAACUCAUGGAGGCUCUGCACGGUGACUCAGGUGGAGGAACUCAAAAUCCUGAUCCGUAUGUUCCCCAUCUGGGCCACGGUGAUCGUCUUCUCUGCAGUCUAUGCUCAGAUGUCCACCAUGUUCGUCGAGCAAGGCAUGCUGAUGGACUCCACAAUCGGUUCCUUCAAAAUCCCUCCUGCCUCCUUAUCCACAUUCGACGUCAUCAGCGUUAUCUUGUGGGUCCCAGUCUACGACGCAUUCAUCGUUCCACUUGCCUCACGUUUCACUGGAAACCCAAAGGGGUUUUCCGAGUUGCAGCGCAUGGGGAUCGGCCUGUUGAUCUCGAUCCUUGCUAUGGCAGCAGCAGCGCUCGUGGAGAUCAAGCGGCUCCAGCUCGUUGAUGAGCUAGGACUGGUUGACCAAGCUGUACCUGUCCCGCUCAGUAUCUUCUGGCAGAUCCCACAGUACAUGCUGAUUGGAGCAGCAGAGGUGUUCACGUUCAUCGGCCAGCUUGAGUUCUUCUACGAGCAGUCCCCUGAUGCGAUGCGGAGCCUGUGCAGCGCAUUGGCGCUGCUAACGACAUCAUUGGGGAACUACUUGAGUUCGUUUAUCCUGACAAUGGUGGCGUAUUUUACCACAAAGGGCGGGUUGCAGCCUGGGUGGAUACCGGAUAACUUGAACGAGGGGCAUCUUGAUUAUUUCUUCUGGCUGUUGGCAGGGUUGAGUUUUGCAAAUAUGGUGGUCUAUAUCGCAUGUUCCAGGAGUUAUAAACAGAAGAAAGCUAUAUAGACAGUGGCCUCGGAGCGAAAUCGUUUGCACAUAGAGAUAAUGAUUUCCUUUCCAAGUUCAAAAGGAACCUUCUUUGCUUUAGUGCUUUCACUUCCCGUUGUAGUUUAACGUGUAUAAUCACACAUGGUGUUCGUAAACAUGAAACAAUGGAUGUUCCUUGAUGGUUUUCUUUAAGCUUCUUAAUUAGUUCACAUCCAGUUCACUUAUAAAUUUGUACUUCCAGU